ACCGCAUUCUACUUUGACGCUUUGACCAGCCUAUCUCCGUACCUUUUCUCGAUAUUUUUGUUAUAUAUUUUUAUAUUCUGUGCCCUUUUAAAACGCGUCAAAAUAUUGCUUGAGGAUAGUUGGCUAUCCUGAAUUGUUAAUCACACUUUAAAAAUGGUGUAUGUGAUCGAUAUUUGUUGUUAAAGGCGUAAGUUAAAAAAUACGCUUUUAAACUGUUAAUGUAAAUUUUUUAAUGCUGUAGGAAUAUAUUAAGAAGAAAUGAGAUGGCAGAGACAAUCAAUUUUUUUUAUUGUCAUAAUAUUGGGUGUUCAGGGUUUAGGUGAUCCCUACAAAAUUCUCGGCGUUAGAAAGUCUGCUACUGUUCAGGAAAUACGGAAAGCUUAUAAACAAUUAGCUAAGGAAUGGCAUCCUGACAAAAACAAUGACCCCAAGGCAGAAAAUAAGUUUGUGGAGAUCACGCAAGCGUACGAAUUGCUGACAGACCCGGAAAGAAGGAAAAAUUAUGACAAUUUCGGGAUCACAGAAAAUGAAGCACUUCACAGGAACAAAAAAGAUUACAGCCAGUAUCGGAAGUACGACCCAUUGGACGACCUCUUUGGGCCGAAUUUCGGAAGCUUCAAGUUUCAUUACCAGGAUCACGACAUAACACUGUUUCACAAACUGAGCAUUACUACAAGGGGCUACGAGAGCAAGCUGGUGCCGCGGAGCCGCCGCGUGCCGCACCUGGUCUUGUUCUACUCGGACUGGUGCUUCCCCUGCCUGCAAGUGGAGCCGGUGUGGCGGCGCGCGGCGGAGGAGCUGGGGCCCCUGGGGCUGGGCCUGGCCACGGUGCACGCCGAGAAGGAGCAGCCGCUGGCCCGCAAGCUGGGCGUGAAGGUGCUGCCGGCCGUCGCCCUGGUCGUCGACGGCAAGGCCUUCCUCUACGGCGACGCCUCCUUCAGCCUGCAGCGCAUCGUGGAGUUUGUACGCAGUAAAUUUCCAUACAGAAUGGUACAGCCCAUUAAUGAUGAUAAUGUGGAUGUAUUCUUGAGUGGAUGGGUGGAUAAUCGUGUACGAGCUUUGAUAUUUGAGCGCCAUGAAGCCGUCAGGUUACGUUACUUGUUAAUGGCAUUUUAUUAUCGAGACAGAGUCGCUUUUGGGUUUGUACAGCUGAAUUCUGCCAACAGCAAAAAUAUCCAGAAACGUUUUAAAGUUCCUAGUGACAUAGAAACAUUGUUGCUGUUCAAUGAGAAUGUUAACAGGCCGGCUGCUAGCUUGAGCAUGUCUGAUAUGCCCAUCAAGACCAUGCAAGACAUUAUAAACAGUAAUAAGUACCUUCUGUUGCCAAGACUUUCUUCCCAGGAGAUGCUGGACACUCUGUGCCCGCCCGAGUGGGCGCGGCCGCGCAAGCGCCUGUGCGUGGUGCUGGUGUGCCGAGACACGCCCGGCCACGACGAGCCGCGCCGGGCGCUGCGCCAGUUCGCCCAGGAGUCCCCGCACAGUGCGGACCGGGUGCGGUACGCCUACGUCUUCCAGGAGAGGCAGGCCGAGUUCGUCAGCGCCCUCACCGGCGGGGAAGGCAGCCCCGCGGAGCCCCUCCUGCACGUGGUGUUCAUCUGGAGGCGGGACGCCAGCCACAUAAAGUACGAGUGGCUGUCUCGCUCGUGGACCAUGUCCUCCAGCCAGGAGUGGAACGAGACCCGUGAGCGGCUGGAGGCGACCAUCCAGCGGCUGCUGCACGACUCUGAGGCCCUGUCCUACGAGGCCGUGGUGCAGGAGCUGAUAGACGAGCAUGCCCAGGGCAUCCUGACUCGCAUCCUCACCAAGCUGCUGCUGACGGCAGACUUCCUCAAGGACAACGUCACCAAGGACCAGCUGCUGCCGGUCAUUUCCGUGGUGGUCACCGUCGUCUUCGUCGUCAUCGCGGGAUACAUCAUGUCCUACCUCAUGCGUCUCGAAGAGGAGAGCAUUCGUAAAGGGUAUCAGAAUGGAGAGGCAUUCGGUGAGGCGACUGCUUCCGUUCCUGGCGACGGCUCGAACGCGAAGCCCGUGCCGUCGUCAGAGUUGCGAUUGCACGAACUGAGGGCAGAGACGUACAAUGGAAUGGUUCGUUUACUUAAGCCUGGUUGCCGUACCAUCAUCUUGUUAGUUGACAUGCAGUCAAGAAAUAAACUUAUUGCUGAAUUCCACAGGAUCAUUUGGCCAUACCGCAAGAACAAGACAUUAAUGUUUGGCUUCAUGUGUCUUGAGCAUGGACUGGACUGGUACAAAAGCCUGUUGACCUUGAGUUUGCCUGAGCCGAGGGACCUGAAAAUAAACCCUCGCAACUGCAUAGGCACUGUGCUGUCCUUGAACGGCCACCGCAAGUAUUUCUGCAUGUAUCACGCCAAGCAUCCAGAGUGUAUGAAAGUGAAGGGCUCCAAGCGAAUGGUCAAAAUGACAAAGCAUUUCAGUAAUCAACCAAGUAGCAAGAGUGGAGCCUUCAUUGGCUUCGACUCCAGUGACUCGGAUGAUACUGAAACAUCGGACGUGGAAAUUGGAAACAGGCAUUUGGAUAAGGCUGCCGUUUCAGACAAGUACAGCAAUGUGGUUUUCCAGAGCAACUUGUUGGACGGUCUCCCAAACUGGUUGGACAGACUCUUCGAAGGAACCACGCACCGAUUUCACAUCAAUUACUGGCCAGACUUUUCUCCAAAGUAACAUUCAUGACAAGUAGUAUUUGGAUUGAGAGUACCAGCUGUUGUUUUUGGUACACUCGAAAUUUUUUGUGUUUGUGACUUGCUUGUGAAUUUUGUGGAAUGGAUUUGUUUUAAUACCUACCGUUUGUAUGUUCAUCUUUUUUUUAAUUACAUAUGCGCCAAUUCAUGGCAUUGCCAGUCUGUAGUUACCAAACUCUCCAAACGUUUUGUUGAAUGAAACUUACGUACAGAACUUCUAAGUGCUGGCUUGUACAUAAAGAUCUUGUUUUAAUAGUGAGAUUAAAAAGAAUAUAGAUAUACUAUUUAGUAUUACAUAGCAUAUACUAUAUGAAUUUCCAGUAUGUCUGCUUUUGUUGAUAGCGAACAAAUCCUUCAUGAUCAUGUAUCUGUUGGUUUAUAGAUACUGCCAUGUCAAAUUUUAACAUGGAAAAACUUUCAUAGUGAUUGGUACAUUUAGUUCUGAAACCAACACAUUCUCUUCUUCCUGAUUCUUGGUGUUUUAUUUAUGACCAUUUUAAAACUGGGCAGUCUGUAAGGUAACUUUAAGUUAUAUGUUUAAAAUUUUUCAACAUGUUUUAGAUUUUUAAGCAUACAUUUAUAAAUUCAGCAUUCACUGGGAAAGAUGGGCAGUUAUAAUUUUUUUUUUUAAUUUUAUUUGCAUUCUGUAUCUAAAUUUUUGCCCCUAUUCGUGUGUGUAUACAUAUCUAUGACAACCUGUGAGUUAAUAUGUACUUAAAUCAGGGAUGCAAACAACUGUUUGCCUAAUCAUCCUGAGUUACAUCAUUUUUUUAGGCAUGUGGCCAAAUAAUUGAGGUAACUAUCGUAAAUUUGUUAAUCAUAAAAAAAAAAAAAAUUCAGCAGUAUGUACUCUUAUGUACACUAAAUUUCUGAGUACCAUGGAAAAAUUGGAUUUACUGCAUUAUAGUUAGAUAGCUUAAUGGUGCAAAACACCUUUACACUUGGAUAUUGGGCAUUGACAUUGUUAACAUUAUGAAUGGCAUCAGUUUUAAACAACAAAGUUUUUUAAGCUGGUUUACUUCUCUGUAAUGUGUUCUCAUUGGAAGAUGGUUGUUUUACAAACACAAAAACACACGUAAAGUAGCUGCUUAAAAAUAACGCACCUCUGAGAUAUGAAAUAAGGUAACUUCUGCUUCUCAAAAUUAAUUAAGUUACUCAUUAAAAAAUUUAGAAAAUGAAUCAUACAGCUAGCUGAAUAUCAUUGGUGCAGCACACAGGUUUGGUUAAAUCACUUCAAUCACAUAGCGAGAAUAUAUUGAACUGGAAAGCUGUCUAACAAAAUGUUAUUUAAAUAAAUAAUUUUUUUCUAACAUUGGAGUUUCCAUACAAAGAAAUGGAUCCACAGCUGUUUGUAAUGAAGUAAACAAGUAUUAUUCAGUUUGGAAUUUGACAUUAUGGUAUUGGUAAGAAUAUAAAGUAUAAUUUUUUUAAGUGUCGAAAAAGUUAUGAGACAUCAAAGGUUUUCGAAGGUCAGCUUAAAAUUAUUACAUCCCUGGCUUAAAUGUUUGUUUGAGCUAAAAAUUUUAUAAAAGUCUAAUGUAUUAAUUCAGUAAUUUAAUCUUGCAGAAAAUAGAACAGGUAUUUCAUCAUUAUAUUUUAUAUAUAUAUUUUAUAUAUGUAUGUGUGUUUUGAAAUUACAAAAAUAUUGCGGAACACUUACUGAUACUUAUGUAAUACCAACUGUUCAUCGUGGUAAGUGAUUUAUAUUUAUGUACCCUUCUACAAUUACAUACUGUGAAGAUAGUUGAGUAUUGUUCCAAAUAAAAUUAAUUUAUAUGAUGGCAUGUUUAUAAUUUUGAUCAUUUUGGUUCUGUAGCAUCAAUAAGUAUGAUUUCUUCAGAUAGGUACAUCUUUAUGUAAAUUUCAUUCCAUAGCAAUGUGGUUUGUUUGUACCUACCAUCACUAUUUUUUUAUUGUUUUAAAAGUAGAAUUAGCAUUGUAUAGUAUACGGGCUGGAAAAAUAAUAUUUGCAUCUUAAUAAACGUUCCAUCACAGUCUACAGUCAAAAUGAUGUAAAAAUACUGUGCUGCAAAUAGAUACUUUCUGUCAAAUAGAAGGUUCUGAAAUAUUAACAAAUUUGAGAUGGUGAUAAUAGGUUCAGAUGCAUUCAUGCUUGAAAACGAAAGGAUUAGGAAAUUGCUUUGCUGGAAGAUUUUUUUUUUUUAGUUUUAGUGUUUUGAAUGAAUAGUGAAUAAAAGGAACUUUAUGUCUUGUUGAGAAGAUGAGUAGUGAUGAGAUAAGACACUCGCGAUAUCUGCCAUGUGUCUUGGUUGAGAAAAUAUCUGGCUUUGCGGUGGUGUGUAUGAGCCCACAUCGUGUGUUAAACGUUCUGAAAAUGCAGAACAGAAAUGCAAAAUAUUCAAAUAAUUAUUUAAUUGCAGUAUGAUCUGUAGCCUAUAAUGAUACACAUGAGAAAAAAGUGUGAAGUCAAUUCAACAUAGGUCAAAAUUAAGUUUUAUUGUUAUUAAUAUAUUUCCUGUUUUUGACACAUUUUUGUAAUAAAAAUUCCACGUAUGCAAUUUUUUUUUAUCAAAAUCUGUUAUAUUAACUUGUAUUUUUUUUUGUAUUCAAUAUGUUUUUGAAAAAAAGGUUUUAUUUAUUAUUUUUUUAAGAUAAUGAAGCUAUUGUAAAAAAAAAAUAGGCUCUCUUCAUUAGUCAUAAUUGUAUAAAGUUUAUUUAUUCAAAACUUAGUUUUCGUCAAAGAACUGCCUUUGAAAACUUUUGAAAAAGUAUUUAUUACUUAUAGAAAAUGUGUUGACUUUUUGUAAACACUAUUGUUUUCAAAAUCAGCACUUGAUCCCCAUUUGACUUUUUUGUUACAUGUCACAUUUGAAACCGUAUUUUAUAAGAUUAGAGCAUAAAAUUAUGAAUGUAAGUUUACUGCAUAAAUAUUGAAGCAGAACUGGGUUUUUGUGAAUGUUACUUGGAAGGAAUUGUAUAGGUGUAAUACAGUAAAACUUGUAUUGAACAUCGUCUAAACUCUAAGCCAUAGUUGUGACGGUUAAUCAAAUAUUUACACAGAUAAGAUAUCUCUUAAUCCAUACAUAUGUAAAUAACGUGAUUUCACUGCGGCUUUGGAUGAAAUUAAAAAUAAACUUAGACAUAAUGUAAAAGUAGGGUCUAAGUCUCUAAGUAAUACAAUUAAUCACAGUAUUCUUUAUUUUCUGUUGUAUUUUGAUUCUUGAUUUGGUGACAUAAUGCUUAAAAAGGUUUUAACAUACAUACUAUACCUAUUGUAAAGUUUGGUUAUAUAUUUUGGUGUAAAAAUGACUUUACUUCAGUUAAGCAAUGUGGUAUUCAGGUAUUUUGAACCAGUAGUUUUAUGAAAGAAAAAUGUGGAAUGUGAUUUUUUUUUCUGGUGGACACUUUGUUCUCAUAUUUGUCAUUUCUAUUCCGUCUGAGUACUUUUUGUCUUUUACCUUUUCCUGUUUUUUCCUGGGUUUAAAAAAAGCCAAUCACUAACUUAUUGAUUUUCACUUAUAUAAAAAAAAAUCCAGCAUUCAUAAUGUUCAGUGAAAAGACUGUCUAUCCUUUAGCAUGAUAUUGUACGAAUGUUUUAAAUCAUUCAUAGUGUUACGUACAAUUUGUGUACCAAUUUUGAAAGCCGGAAUUGUUUAGAACUUCUGAUGAAACAAUGUUAGUUUUUGUAUCUUUAUUUUUAAUUUGUGUACCAGUUUGUGUGAUUUAGUGAUUAGUAUUUAUAUAGUUAUGUGUUUUAGUAUUUGCUAGAACUUUUGUGGUUCUAACUACCUGGAGAUAUUUAUAAAAUAGUUACACGAGAAAUAAUUUGUGGAAUGUUGGCGUUACAAUUCUAGUCACUAUGUUUUGAUGUAUGGUGUAUAUUUCAAAAUAGUUAGUGUGUUCCUAUGAUUACUGUAGAUCUAUUUCUGCCUGUAUAAUGUUGUAGCACAUUAGAUGAGACUUAUACAUGCCUAUAUCGUCGGAGUCUCAUACCCACAGAUUUUGCUCACAACUUACAGGAAAUAAGUUUUGAGGUGGAAUGUUUUGGUAACUGGCCUUAUUGGGUGCCAAACUGCCAAAUUGAAUCUCAUUCAACUGUUACAGUGCUUACACUUGUUACAAACUUUUCCUACUUGUUAUAUAUGAUAAGAAUUAUAAAAGUAGUAGUAUGAGUGUAGUUCAGUGAAAAGUAGAAAGUUAAUAGCACUUUAUAUACACUUUUUUGAUAAUACAGGAUGAUUUAGUUGGAAACAGGUAACUUAAAACAAUCAAAAAUAGGCAUUUAAAACAUAUGCUAAAUGAACUGUAGCUAGGAUUGUUCUCAGCACCAUCUUCUUAUACUAAAUACAUAGUAUUUUAUGUGGGUUUUAAACAUAGUGUUACGAAACAUUAUCACAUUAACAUUAUACAAUACUUUCAAGUCAGAAGAAAAUACUGUUACUCGAAAAGCGAUUACGGUAGUUUGUAACUAUUUUUAUGAUAGUUAAAAAGUUGAAAGACUGCUCCCAGAUCUUAGUCUGUCCUAUCCCACAUUUUACCAUGAUUAUUAUAUCUCUUUAGAAGCAUGAAAACAAGAAAUAGGGUUGAGAAGUUUAUUGCUCAUUCUUGCACUGCAUUUUUGUGGUAAAUUGUUCACUGUUGGCACAAUAUAUUCAUGUGAUGCUUGCUGCAAUGGCUUUAGUUAUAAAGUUGUAUGUUUUUCUCUUUAAUGUUUUCCAUUGGGCUUGUGUUCAAAAAUAGGUCAUUAUUUACAAAUUUAUGUCUACUAAAAUGGUUUCUUCAAAUGUUAUUAAUUUUCUAGUGCAUUAGACGAGAAUGUCAUUCAAGUUUGAAGAGCUUAAGGUGGACAUCAAAGGCUUGAAGGGCUCAGGUGUUUUAUACAACACUUAGAAGUCACUCAGUGUUUAUUAUUUAUUAAGAGCCACUCUUUGCACUUACAUAUGGCAGUUUUGAUUUAUUGUUUGUGUUUGACAUGUAAUUUUCGGACAGCGGAAAAGUCUUAAACCUGGUGUUUAUUUAUUUAUUUAUUUUAUUUUUUUUGCUGCUCCAGCGCUUAAAAUAGUUAAUGCUCCCAACCAGCAUGCGGCAGUUUACCUCGAAUAAUGGUUCUUACAUCACUUUUGCAUGGAAUCUGCAUAGCCAGCUAUAAUUAUGUUGCUUUUGCAUCCAUUCCUAAUACCUGAAGAGAAUGGGGAAGAACUGUUGUUUUUACCUGUGUGUCUACACUUAAUCUGUUAUGCUUUACUUUUUGAUGUAUUUUUUGCAAAAUUUAAAAGCAACUACUUAAUAAAAUUGAGCUUUCUCCUUUUGUUUAUAAAAUGCUUGUUGACCAUGCUAGGGGGUGGUGGGAUAGACAGUUACCACUCCAUUUAUAUCUUCUCUUCCUUGCGUCACUGCAAUCCAGUCCUAGAGUUUCAUCUGAUAAAAAUCAGAAUAAAACAACUUUUUUUUUGUAGCUUCUCUGUUCUCACAUAAUUUCUUUUUAAAUGCAACCCAAAAUAUUUUACACUGCAUGAGGAGCCAGGUAAUGUGUUCUUCUAUGACCAUUUUUCUACUUUCGUUGCCGAAAAGCUGACCUCGUCUGAUGUACCAGAAACUAUGUUUUUACAUACAGGAUCAUUUUCAUAAUUUUUUUUCACAGUAAUAUAAUGUUUAUGAUACAUUUUGAUGUUGUUGAUAAAAGGCAUAAUGCAGCUCACAAAAUUAUUUUGACUAAAACAUAAGUCCGUGGAACAUGCAUUUGCCAUGAUUGCAAGCAUGAUUAGAGAGCACAGAAUAUUUGCUAUGAAGUUUUUUAACUUACUAAUCAGUUUGAGUGAAAAAUUAUUCUAACUUUGUUAUAAAUAGCUUCUCAACUGGGAACUUCGUAAGAGGGUUUUACUGUCACAGGACUUUGCAUUGUGUUUGUGGUGGAGUUAAGUUUUCAUCAGUGGAAAUCGGAAGCGAAGCAGAAUUGCUGCAUGUUCUGUUGUUCAUUUCCCCUCUGGUCAUUUGCAUUAAAGCUUGUGCAAGCUGCAGCUAAAGAUACUACCGACAGUAAAUCGCAUAACCAUCGCUGGUUGCUAUCCUAUGGCUUCAGUUCUGUGUGAACAGCAUACGCAAGUAUGUGUACAGUUGGACUUAAUCAUAUCUGGCACUGCUUUUGGACUGCGUGUUAACUUUUAAUAUGGAAUUUACAAUAGCUAGUGGUAUGUUUCAACUGUAUAUUGCUACUCUAGGUCAGAUAUGAGCACAAAAAAUUUUGAUAGUGGAAUUUAAUUCAUAAAUCAAUGGUUUUAUUAAUUGAAACUAUGUAUUUUUAAUGAGAAAACUGUUGUGUUUUUGGGUUAUGAUUGGAACACAUUAAAAGUUGUUCAGAUUGUUUUAAAGGUGAGAAACAAUGUAAUUCACUUUCUGCCAGCUAUCUGCAGAUAAGUAGUACUAAGUAUUAUAUGUACAUUAAAACUAGUCAUUCUUUGAAUUUUUGUGAAGCACAAAUGAGUUUAUUAGUGUUAACCUUGUAUAUCUGGUUUUAUGACUUGAUUAUUUUUAAGUGUUGAUGGGAGGGGAAGGGGGACAGUAGCAGAAGGAAAAUUGCAGUUUUGAAUUCAAUUGUUUUUCGGUCAUAUUUCUAGGCUAUUAGGGAAAAGGUAGUAUAAGUCACAAAAUUGCUUAAAUAAGAGAUAAGUCAGAGGUCUUCUGGACAUGCAGUAAACCAUUUUACUUCAUAAUAUUGGGGUUUAAUAAAACAUAAGUUAAAAUUUUGUACUCCCUGUGGGGAAAAAAACUUGUCACUUUUUGCCUGGCUACCUAGAAUUUUUUAAUGCUAAAUAUUAAAAAUUGGCCUUUUAAAGAGUGCAUAUUCAUAAAUUUCCCUAGAUUGUAAAAGGAUAACUGUUGUUUAUUUGUUUACAUUUGUAGUAACUUUUCGAUGUGAAUUAUUUCACAGGGGAAUCUAUUUGUUACAGGCAUUACAAAAUGUCAUCUGUAGCGUUCUAUCCCCUCUUCCCCAAUUCAUAUACCAUGAGGAGACAGUUGCAGUUCACUUUUUUUUUUAGAGUGAAUGUUGUACUUUGUAUGGUUUAUGUGCUAAACCUUUUUAAUUACUUUGUGUGGGAAAAAAAUGUGCAUAUACAUGAAUUCCUUUCUUUGAAAUAGUAUAUACACUUUCUGUUGAUUCGUAUAUUAAAAUGUUUUGAUAUCCUGAA